AUGACCACUUACACCGCUGUUCACACCUCUCCGACCGACGCCUCCGAAGAGAGAAACUCGUCUGUCUCAGGGAGCGACGCCGAGAACGACCAUGACAAUGCCGACAAUACGCCGGAAAAUGGCACCUCGACCAGCAAAAAGAGAAAGAGGCUCUUGAAAAUCUCCUGUGAACUCUGCAAGGCCCGGAAAGUUAAAUGCGACAGAGCAGAGCCGGCUUGUGGCUGGUGUGCCCGCAACAACCGAGCAUGUGUUUACAAAGAGAGGCAAAAGCCCGGUCUCCGGGUGGGCUAUGGUCGCGAGCUCGAGGAGAAGAUCAAUCGCCUGGAAGCCUUGCUGCAAGUCAUGGGUCGCCGACUAGAAGAACACAUCGCUGGGCAUGGUGACUUUUCAACUCAUCGACCUGGUUCCGUUCGCAUGUCCCAUCAGCCCCAGCCUGCCUCAUUCAACGCUUACCCCCAGAACGACCCUCGCCCGUCGACCGCCAGUAUCGUCUCCCAAGACACUCCUGGUUCCGAUCCCAGAUGGCCGCCCGUCGCCAAUGCCUAUGAGCGAAUGCAAUACCCCCGGCCUCAAGAUGCCAUGUCCAUCCGUUCUGUCGUGGAUGGCGCCAAUCACGAUUUGAUGUCUCAAAGCGAGAGAGGCCAUUCGGUAGCCUGGUUUCCAACAGCGACGCCAGCGCCCUCAAUGCCCGACUCCGAGCUGCCUCCUUACGACUUACUGUAUACCUUGGUGGAUCUCUUUUUCAAACAUGUCAACCCAUGGUCGCCGAUCCUGGACCGUAAGGCCACUUUCGAUGCAUUCUUCGGUUCACAAUCCAUGGACGAAUCGGACAAGAUCCUCAUCCACGCCAUCGUCGCCACCACCAUGCGCUUCUCCAAAGAUUCGCGACUCACCCCAGAGUCAAGGAGGCAGUUCCACGAGAUCUCCAGGCAGAAGAUUAUGAUGUAUGCCCUUGACCAUCCAAACGUACGCGCCCUCCAAGCUCUGGUGAUCCUUGCCGUCGACGAGCUGGGCACAUCAAAUGGGCAACAGGGCUGGAAUCUGUUGGCUCUCAUCACUCGCAAUAUCGUCCAACUUGGGUUGGACGUCGAAAAGAGCACAUACCUGGAGUCCACGACAUAUCCGUCGGCCACCCUCCUUCAGGCUGCGCAACCUCAAUCCUGGAUCGAAAAUGAAGAGCGCCGACGACUAUGCUGGAUGACAUUCAUUCUCGACAGGUAUGCGACAGUCGCCACCGCAGACUCCUUUACCUUGGAUGAAAGGGAGAUGGACCGUUGUCUCCCUUGUCGGUACGACCUCUUCUCGCGAAACGAACCUGUGGAGACGAGGUGGCGUCGGCGAGGCGCACCUUCCGAAUUGAUUGUCAAUAAAACGGAAAACCUAGGGAGUUUCUCUUACCAUUGUGAAGUCCUCGGGAUCCUCAGUCGCAUUCAUCGAUUCCUCCAUCAACCGCUCGAUAUCACUCGUCACUCCGACAUUCAGCGCUGGCGCGAAACGUACCGUGGACUAGAUGGGGAGUUGAACGAUUGGCUGCAGAACUUGCCCGGCGAAUACGGCAAGAUCUCUCAACUCUGCCACUCGGAUCCUGGAAGCAGAAUUUCCAACUGGAUCAUGCUUCAUGCCGCCUUUGUCACUUCGGUUAUCCGACUGCAUUCUUCCGCCGCCUAUCCCACCAUCAAAUCUCCUGUUUUUACGCCUUCAUAUCAUGCAAUCCAGCGCUGCCUAGGCGCCGUGGAGAGUUUGAGAGAAAUCGCCCAAGACGUCAUGAACACCGGCAUGCUUGCGCUUCUGGGCCAUCCGUUUGCGUUUGCGUUGUGGGUCUCUGCGAGGCUGCUCCUCGUGCACGCAGCGACCAUGGAGUGUGAAAUCGAUCCCAAAAUAAUGUUCUUCAUCUCCACUCUGGAGCAGAUGGGGCGACAUUGGCAAGUUGCGGGGAACUACGCGAGGAUAUUGAAUGAUGUAGUGCAGGAGGGAAGCAAUGGUUCCGGUCGGACAUUCACCGCAAUGAGAAGGUGUGCCUACGAACUGAACCUCCUAACCUCCCAACGUCCUCAUUCGGUUCUCGACACCGUGACCACGCACAACUCGUCGCAAAGCGAACUCGAAUUUUUGGAGGUCUUCGACUUUUUCAACUACCCGCGAUUGAGUGCCAUUGCGGGCAGCAACGCCUUUGAUCUAUCUGCCUCAGUCACGAAUCAGAACCAAACGACGCCGACGCAAGGCCAGGCGCCGAAUCAUCGAGCGACGCCGGCCUUUGUCAUUCCGAAUCCGGAGAGCGAUUGGUUGAUAUUUAAACCACCUUUUGAGUAG